UCACUGCGAAUUUUGCGUUUUACAUCUUAUAAAAAAGUAUUAAGCUACUGUUUUCAGUGUUUUGCUGUAAGCGUCUAGGAAUAAUCAAAAUCAAAACAAAAACAAAAGCAAGUAAUUCAAAUAACGGAGGCUGCAGCGCAAUGUCGAGUGGCGAUGCAGCAACAAUUGACGAACUAGUCGAGCGCGUGGUCGAAGUCACAGCCUGCACAACCGAGGAGGCCAAACAUUAUCUGGGUGCCUGUGCCAACGAUGUGGCCGCAGCCGUUGCCUUGUUCUUCGAGCAGGGUGGCAACGGUGCACCCACUUCAAAUGCAGCAACUGACGCCGUAGCAGCAGUUGUUGAGGAGGUGGAGGUGGUGCGUGCACCCAUUGCUCCAGUCCGGGAACAACUGCUGCUGCCGGAGGAUGACAACUUUUUUGCGUCCGGCAGCAGCAGCAGCAACAGUCGUUUGUCGCAUGUUACGCACCCCAUCAAGGUUUGUCCGCUCCGGGAUUUUGCACGCGAAGGCGCUCUAAUGGAGGAGCAGCUCCAAGCCACCGGCGUCUACUCCGAUCCGAGUACGCAUCGUCGACGCCGCGAUCGCUCGGCCCAAAUGGUUGUUGCUGGUCAGGCGAUUUCGCUGCAUAAUCGCUCCAAUGCCACUGGCAGCAGCAACUCAUCCCGCCUUGGUGAUCUCUAUCGCCCGCCCACCGACCUGCUCUACUCGGGCUCGCUGGCGGCGGCGCGCGAAUUUGCCAGCACUCGCCAACGAUGGCUGCUGGUCAAUGUCCAAGGCGAUAAUUUUCAGUCGCAAACAAUGAAUCGUGACGUGUGGAGCAUGAAGGAGCUAAAGCAGCUGGUGCGACGCCAGUUUGUGCUCUGGCAGGUGGAUAACGAUAGCUCCGAGGGCAGGCGCUUUGUCGCCUUUUAUCGCUGUGCCAAGUUGCCCUAUUUGUGCGUGAUUGAUCCACGCACCGGCGAGGAGGUCUGGCGCAGUCCCGAGGAGCCCAAUCAACAAAAUGUUUUGCCAGAUUUGCGGCAAUUUCUACGCGAUCAUCGUGACUUUUCGCUGGAGGAAGCAAGCACCUCCAAGCGUGCCGCAAUUGAAAUUGAUGAUGAUGACGACGAUGAUGUGGAGGCAGCCGCAUCCUGUUCGUCUUCCACGGCCAGUACGCGUAAAAAGCGCGCCAAGCUGCUCGAGCUCAGCGAGGAGGAGCAACUGGCGCUGGCCAUCAAGAAUUCCAUUAAUGAGAAUGGCGGCGCCACAGCAGCAACACCCACAAAAGCGAGCAACAACAACAAUGCCAAUGCCAGUGACUGUGAGAGCCUCGAGGAGUUCGACGAGGAGGAGCUCAAGGGCGCCACCAUUUCGUACGAGGCGCAGCUGGGCAAACAGACGGCAGAGCUGACAGCGAUCAAGCUGCGCCUACUCGACGCCGUCGGCACCGAUGAGGUCGUCCAACUGCGCUGGCCCUCGGACACCAAGUUGAAGACACUGCGUCUGUAUAUCAGGCAAACGCACAAGCACAUACCAUUCGAGGGCUACAAGUUGAUAUGUGCCUUUCCGCGAAAGUCGCUGGAGAUCGAGCACAACGAAGUGACGCUUAAGGAACUGGGCCUGCAUCCCUCCGCCAAUGUGCAUCUUACGCUCGAUGAGUAAUUUGCUUAGAUUGCCGGAUAUGCUGUAAUCUAUAUAUUUAUUUCACUUUAUCUAUCAACGUCUCUGGUCCCGUUCCCCCCUCCUCUACUCCACACGAAUGAAAUACAUAUACUAAAUACUAUAUAAGUGAUUACUUGAAUAAAAUUAAUGAACACACGCUAUGGUUCAAUAUGAAUGCUCAAA